UAAAAUAAACACGCAACACCAAAACACCACGAGGUUUUUUGAUUAGUUGUUUAGUUGUGUUCUGUGGAUAAAUGUGAAUAAAAUGCAGCUGAAAGAAGAUCAAAAGAAAGUUGCUUUCGAUCUGAAGAAGGUUGAAGCAUCGUUGGUCGCCGAAAACAAGUUUAUAACAGAUUUAUUUGCAAAGGUUGCGUUUCCAGACAGAUAUGACGAAGAUAACGACGAGGAAGAUGAGGAUGACGACCUGGUCACAUUCUCAGGCAAGAAGCCAAAGAUUGCUGGUGAAAAGAAAUCUCGCGCCACUUCCAUUGCUGAAUUAAAGAAUAGAUAUGAUGAGAUAUCAGGUAAAAAGCACCAGACAUACAAAGAAAAAAUGCAGAAGAAAGGUCUUAAGAAUCGUAUGAAGAAGAAAACAAAACGGGAUGAGAGAAACUUGAAGAAGAAGUUGGUGCGAACCGAGAAGUUAACAAAACCAGUGAAAUCCGAGGAAGACAAUGUUGAGCAGGGUCCAAAGAAACCAGUGUUUAACAGUGAAGGAAAAAUGGUGUACUCGAAAUUUGAUUUCUCUGGUAUAGGUAAAGAGAAAAAAGAGAAGACACAGAAUGAUCCUAAAAAGAUAUUGGAGAAUCUUGAGAAACAAAAAGAGAAGCUGAAAGAGCUUGAGAAACAGGGAGAUAAAGACAAGGCUAUUCAAAUUAAGGAAAAGAGUAUGUGGCAAAAUGCUUUGGCUAAAUCAAAGGGUGAGAAGGUUAAGGACGAUGUAACGCUGUUAAAGAAGGCCAUCAAGAAGAAGGAGAAUCAGAAAAAACAAAGCAAAAAGAAGUGGGACCAGAGGAAAGCGAAUGUUAAGCAACAGCAAGAAGAUAAACAGAAGAAACGACAGGACAAUAUCGACAAGAAGAAGAAAGAUAAGAAAUUGGUGAAACUGAAACAGGCUGCGAAACGCGGCAGGGUUGUACCCGGGUUUUAGGUUUAUAGAUUAAUUAUAUUGU